CUCCUCCUUUCCUCGCUCAGUCAGUCGGCUAUAGAAGAGUUCGCGGCAACUGCGACGGGAGCGGCCGGGGUUUAGGGAGACCAGACCCUCUUAGUCCCCCCCUCCCCCCCUUUCUCCCAAAUUCGGGAUGGAGGCGUCUCCUCAGUCCCGGUCUCUCCUCCGCAGCCCCCCCUAAAAAGUGUCCCUCCUGAGGUUCCCCACUCCUUCCCCCAACAGCCCCCUCCGCUGGUCAUGGGCCCGGGGUCUCCCUCCCUUAGGGUGGGUUGGUCGCUGCUGGUGGGGAUGGUGCUGGUGGCGGGGGUGGCUCCGGUGUGGGCCCCUCACUCUCCCUCGCGGCCUGGGCUCCCGCACCCUCACCCGCACCCCCGGGCCCCCUCAGCCCCCUCCUCAGGCCGGCGGGCGGUCUAUAUCGGGGCGCUGUUCCCCAUGAGCGGGGGCUGGCCCGGGGGCCAGGCCUGCCAGCCGGCGGUGGAGAUGGCGCUGGAGGACGUGAACAGCCGCAGGGACAUCCUGCCCGACUACGAGCUCAAGCUCAUCCACCACGACAGCAAGUGUGAUCCUGGACAAGCCACCAAGUACUUAUAUGAGCUACUCUACAACGAUCCCAUCAAGAUCAUCCUCUUGCCAGGCUGCAGCUCUGUCUCCACCCUUGUAGCAGAGGCUGCAAGGAUGUGGAACCUCAUUGUGCUUUCUUAUGGUUCAAGCUCACCAGCCCUGUCAAAUCGACAGCGUUUUCCUACUUUCUUUCGAACUCAUCCAUCAGCCACCCUCCAUAAUCCUACUCGGGUGAAGCUCUUUGAAAAGUGGGGCUGGAAGAAGAUUGCCACCAUUCAGCAGACCACUGAAGUCUUCACUUCGACUUUGGAUGAUCUAGAGGAACGAGUGAAGGAAGCAGGAAUUGAGAUUACUUUUCGCCAGAGCUUCUUUUCUGAUCCAGCUGUGCCAGUCAAGAACCUUAAGCGCCAGGAUGCUCGAAUCAUCGUGGGACUUUUCUAUGAAACUGAAGCUCGUAAAGUUUUCUGUGAGGUUUACAAGGAGCGACUCUUUGGGAAGAAAUAUGUCUGGUUCCUCAUUGGCUGGUAUGCAGAUAACUGGUUCAGAACCCCGGACCCAGCCAUCAACUGUACUGAGCAGGAGAUGGCAGAAGCAGUAGAGGGACAUGUCACCACGGAGAUUGUCAUGCUAAACCCCGAGAACACUCGUGGCAUCUCUAACAUGACAUCCCAGGAGUUUGUGCAAAAACUGACCCAGCGGUUGGGGAGCAAGAAAGCUGAGGAGACUGGUGGUUUUCAGGAGGCACCCCUGGCUUAUGAUGCCAUCUGGGCCUUGGCAUUGGCACUGAACAAAACAUCAGGGGGCAGUGGUGUCCAUUCUAAUGGUGGGGUGCGACUAGAGGAUUUUAACUACAAUAACCAGACCAUUACAGACCAGAUCUACAGGGCAAUGAAUUCUUCAUCCUUUGAAGGAGUUUCUGGCCAUGUGGUAUUUGAUGCUAGUGGUUCUAGGAUGGCACGGACUCUCAUUGAACAGCUGCAGGGUGGAAAAUACAUGCAGAUUGGCUACUAUGACAGCACCAAGGAUGAUCUCCACUGGUUGGGUGCUGACAAGUGGAUUGGAGGGUCUCCUCCAGCUGACCAAACUCUGGUCAUCAAGACAUUCCGCUUCCUGUCCCAGAAGCUCUUUAUCUCAGUCUCAGUACUAUCCAGUUUGGGCAUCGUGCUGGCCAUCGUUUGUCUGUCCUUUAACAUCUACAACUCUCAUGUCCGGUAUAUCCAGAACUCACAGCCAAACUUGAACAAUUUGACUGCUGUGGGCUGCUCCUUGGCUCUGGCUGCUGUUUUCCCACUUGGGCUGGAUGGCCACCAUAUUAGACAGGGCCACUUUCCCUUCGUCUGUCAGGCUCGACUCUGGCUUUUAGGCCUGGGCUUCAGUCUGGGCUAUGGUUCCAUGUUCACUAAGAUCUGGUGGGUCCACACAGUAUUCACAAAGAAGGAAGAGAAAAAGGAAAGAAGAAAGACUCUAGAAUCCUGGAAACUUUAUGCUACAGUGGGGCUGCUGGUGGGACUGGAUGUUUUUACAUUGGCUAUUUGGCAGAUUGUGGAUCCCUUACACCGAACUAUUGAGUCUUUCACCAAGGAAGAGCCAAAGCAAGAUAUUGAUAUCUCCAUUCUACCCCAGCUGGAGCACUGCAGCUCCAAGAAGAUGAAUACUUGGCUCGGCAUCUUCUAUGGGUACAAGGGACUGUUGCUGCUGCUCGGGAUUUUCCUUGCUUAUGAGACCAAGAGUGUCUCCACUGAGAAAAUCAAUGACCAUCGUGCUGUUGGCAUGGCAAUCUACAAUGUGGCGGUCCUGUGUCUCAUCACUGCCCCAGUUACUAUGAUCCUAUCCAGUCAACAGGAUGCCGCUUUUGCUUUUGCUUCUCUUGCCAUUGUAUUUUCUUCCUACAUUACCCUAGUUGUGCUUUUUGUGCCCAAGAUGCGGAGGUUGAUCACCCGAGGGGAGUGGCAGUCUGAGGCCCAAGACACCAUGAAGACAGGUUCAUCUACUAAUAAUAAUGAGGAAGAGAAAUCACGACUCCUAGAGAAAGAGAACCGGGAGCUAGAGAAGAUCAUUGCUGAGAAAGAGGAACGUGUCUCUGAACUUCGACAUCAGCUCCAGUCUCGGCAGCAGCUUCGUUCACGGCGUCACCCCCCGACUCCCCCAGAUCCUUCAGGGGGCCUUCCUCGGGGUACCUCUGAGCCACCUGACCGGCUCAGCUGUGAUGGGAGUCGGGUCCAUUUGCUCUAUAAGUGA